AUGUCCGCAGGGAGUUUAAAGUGUCCCUGUUGCGGCUCGUCCAGCGUUGUGGAGGACGACCACUAUGCUCAGCGUCAAAAGGUCUGUGCGGACUGUGGAACUGUGGUGACCGAGGGGGCUCUCACCCACGAUACUUUCGAAGGAACAGAUGUCAGCUACAGCCGCACAACAGCUGUAGUUAAAAAGCCAUGUUUAAACCAGAUCAAAGGCCAGCAGCGACUGACAACCCUCUGUAGAGUUCUGCGAGUCAACACAGAAAUCGAGACACUGGCAAGCACGUAUUUCGGGCAGGCUUACGAGCAUGAAAGUUUCCUGAGGGUAAGCCUGCAGAAGAAGGACCACCUGGCCGGCUGCUGCGUGCUGGUGAGUUGCAGGCAGCUCAAUUGGCCCAUCACCAUGGGUACCAUCGCCUGCCUAUUGGAGGCCGACAUAGCGACACUGGGAGCCGUCUACCAAGAGAUGGUGAAGGUUCUCAAGAUCGAAGCGCCCCUGGUCAGCGUUAAUGAUGUGAUGGAGGCUCAUUGUCAAGAGUACAAAAUUGCCUCCCUCGACGUACACGAAGACCUCGCCGAAAACCACAAGGACUUAAACAAACGAGCCUUGUCUCUGGUAGAGCUCGCCGCCGACUCCUGGAUCGUGACUGGACGCAACCCCAUCCCCUUAAUGAUGGCGGCAGUCUACUUGGCCUGGCAGUCUUUAAACACCAAUCACAUUCGCUUGAAAACGUCCCUGGAUAAGUUCUGUCUGAUCGCCAAAGUGAGAAAGAACCGAACUGCUGCCAAAAGAGUUGGUGAGAUCAAGGAGGUGCUGUGUAAACUGGGUAAAGAGAUCCCCUGGGUGACAGAUUCGGUGACGUUGGACAAUGUGGCGUGGCAUGUGGGAGAUAUUGUCAAGAACAGAUACGCGUUACUACAAAGGGCUUUGAGGAGUCACGAGGAGGCUAUGCAGGUGGAGAGUCAACACACUUCUGACAUGGCAAAUCCCUCUGAACCUGAAGAUCAGACGCAAUACACUAGUAUUCAGAAUUCUGAGGACUGUAAUCAGCCAGCAGAGGAUCAAGAAUCCAGCGCUAAUCAAAAUCCAGAAUCCAAUUGGGGUAAGAGGAUGCUGUUCGCGCCACCCUGUGUGAUUCACCCCAAGAGAAGAAAAGUAGCACUAGAAAGACGCGAAGACGUGACCGGCGACGAAGAGAUUUCAGACAGCGAGAUUGAUUCUUACAUUCGCACCCCGCGGGAGGCUAGAGAAUUCGCUCUGACGCAGAAGGCUUGGGCAUCACUCAGUGAGAAGGCCGAAGAAUCUGUGACGAAGGAGGGCGAUGUUGCCAACAGCAAGGCCGACAGCAACGACGAAGAGGAAACGAAGAAGAACACUUACGCUAACGGCGUGAACUGCUACGUAAACGAGGCUCGCUACAAGUUGCGAGGCUUAUUUUCCCUUUCACGGUAUUAA